AUGGGUUUAAAGAAUCUGUUCAAUAAGAAGAAGAAGAAGAAGAAAACCAACGACGAUAACAGCACCCACGAACGCCAACACGAAAGCGAAAGCGAAAACGAAAACGAACCCACAGUUCCACCGACGACCGCUGACAAACCGACUCCGGAGACAACGCGUGUUAACUCCUUGAAUGCUCGCGUUCGAAUCGAGGAGGAAUUGGAGCAGAUUUUUAAGAAAUUCGACGUUAAUGGAGACGGGAAGAUCUGCUCAUCGGAGCUGGGAUCGAUCAUGGCAAGCCUGGGACACCAGCCGACGGAGGAGAAGCUAAAGAACAUGAUCAAGGAGGUGGACAGAGACGGCGAUGGGUUUAUAAAUUUGCAGGAGUUUAUUGAAUUGAACACAAAGGACGUUGAUCCAACGGAAGUUUUGGAGAAUUUGAAGGAUGCAUUUUCGGUUUUUGAUAUCGAUAAAAAUGGGUUGAUCACGGCAGAGGAGUUGCGGGAUGUUUUGGUUAGUUUGGGGGAGGAAUGUACUAUAGCCGAUAGCCAGAAGAUGAUUGCCGGCGCCGAUCGUGACGGCGAUGGAAUGAUCAACUUUGAUGAGUUUAAGGUUAUGAUGAAGAUGGGUACACACUUUGAUUCCAUGGGGUUGCAGCAGAAACAGGUGCCCUUCAACAAAGAUGAAAUCAAUUAA